AUGGCUACCGAAAGCGAUGGAACACGCGGCGCACCACCCGCCAGAUCGCAACCCGACAUGCAAGCCACCCCAAACGACGCGACAAUACCAUCCAAUGCAAUUUCCGACAGCCCAUUGACGAGUCCGACGAACCCGUCUGAGGAAGAUACUCUCCCGUCUUCAGCGAGUCAAGGAGACCUCGUGUCCAAAGUCUUCCAGUUCCUGUCAACGGCCACACCAGGGACGUUGGGCGCCAUUGGUGCCGGGCUUGCGGCAACCACCUACUUUAUACUGGGAAAGGUCGGGCUGGUGCUCAUAGGCGCCUUUGGGGGGAUCACGUUGUUCGCAGCCUGGGAAUCUCGUCACCCAGAGGUAUCGCGUGCCGUCCGGGGUGAAAAGGGUUACGACUUUCUUGAUCGCCUCUUCGAAACGAGACCUAGAGACUCGUCCACGAACGCCGAACAAGAUGAACUGGUUGAUGCUCAGACGCUGGCUCGAAGUUUCGACGACUUCCGGCCAGAGACACGAGCCGCCCUGAACGAAUUCGUUGAUGCGACCAUCCGCGAUUAUGUCGAAUGGUGGUAUGGACCUAUCGUGCCAUCCGACCAGUCGUUCUCUCUAUCCUCUCGCAAGGUCCUGAUCAAGUUCCUCCUGAACCUGUCGAACCGAUUGAGCCGCAAGCGCCCCGCCGAUGCCUUUGUCGACUUCGUUACACACACGUGCUCCAUCAUAAUAGUCUUCUUUUCCGAGAUGGCGUCCGCGUAUUCCGAGCUUCCUACAGACACAAACAUGACUGCUGCCGAUGCCAUUUACAACUAUCUGGCCACCAAUAGAGAUGCUCCUUUAUCCAACCUGCUCAACCAGAGGCAACAAGCAGGGAAGUUCAAGACGGUGGCCGAGGACCUACUUGGUUUUCUGGAGAAACCAGCGCGUGAUUUCGAGCCGGCUAGAAUCUUCCUGCGGGAGAUCCUCUCAACCAUUGUCCUCGAGGGCACUUUGCAGACAUGCUCCAAACCCGAGUGGAUCAACACUUGGAUCGUGUACCUCUUGGAAUCCGGAGAGACGGACCUGUCUCAAGCAAUUGAUGACGCUAUUCAAGAUCAAAAGGCUUAUAGUGAUGUGGACGGUAACGUUGGAAACAUUGGACUUUCCAAAGGCAACCGCAACUCCUACGAUAUGGAUCGACAACGUCGAAAGGAACUGACCCACAAGAAGAAGCUAUCGAAAGCUGACGAGGAAAUGGAAAGGGCCAUGGAGGAGAUGAAGAGACUGAAUGCAAUGAUUGCAGAAGCAGACCAGACGAAAGGGGUUUCGAAGGAGAACACCACAGAAGCUCCCAGUCUGCUUGACAAAGCCGUGGAGAAGAACGCGAGAGAGCUUCUACUGAACAUACAAGAGAAGGCGACCCGUUCUACCCCCGAGUCGACGAAAGUCAAUGGCCCCAAGGUUGCGCCGAAAGAAGCGCACUUGGACAAGGCCGAAGCAAGGCAGAAUUCGCUCACCUCUCCCACAACCUCUAGAUCUUCGGCCGAUAGCCCAAGUCAUAACUCGUCACCGUCGAACAAAGAAGAACCGGUUGCGACUAAUCGGUUUACGAGCUUCGAUCAGUUCGUGCCUCCAGCAAGGGACGACCCCGAGGACGCCGAGUCUCACAGACCACAAGCGCUAACAUUACACAACGCUGCCAUCACCAUUCACGACGAUGUUGGUAAUGACAAAGGCCGAUUACGCAGCAAGCCAACCUGGGAAUACCUUAUCCAAGUGGAGCCUUCGUCGUCGCAGCAGCCCGGCUGGAUGAUUAUGAAGACGUACACGCAAUUUGAGGGCCUUCAUGAGAGCAUCCGGCGGAUUGCAGCAAUUUCAGGCGCUACGGCCUUCUUGGAGGCGCACUCGGCAUUCCCGAGCUGGAAACUGCAUACGAGAUCAUCGCUGCGCGGUGAGAUCGAGAGAUACAUGCGAACAGCUUGUGUAGAGAAAACGCUGGCAGAAUCAGAGGCCAUGAAGCGCUUCCUUGACAAAAGCCAGGAGACCAAAAUGGGUGUUAACAGAGGAUUUUCUUUCGAGUCCAUGGGCAAGGGGAUGCUCGAUGUGAUCCAGAACGCACCGAAGGGAGCAUUGGAUGGCGGCAAAGGUCUUGUCGGCGGAGUGACUGGCGUUUUUGGCAACAUCGGACUGGGUCCAAAGAGAUCAACGAACUCAUCAUUACAGGAGAUCCAAACAACCCAGGGGAGCGGAUCACUCAGCCCUGCAAGUAGUCGGCCCGUCUCUUUGCCUGCUCUUCCGAGAAUGGACAGUGCCUCUUCGGUGAAUGCAUCAAGAAUGUCCAGAGACAGUCUCGAUAGCCAGAGAUCGUCCAUUGUCUCUGUGCAACCGGGCAAAUUGCCCCUCAUGGACAGACGACCAAGUUAUCAAGCCGACAUGGAAUCUCAAGAGUGUUUGCACCCAGCAAGGGCCGAUCGAUGGGAACGAAAGUCAACGAGCGGAGCAAGUAGUAGAGUGCACAGCCGAACUUCGAGCUUGGCUGCCUUGCGCUCACCAUCGGAAGUGAGCCUGAGCAAUAUGAAGCUACCACCACCACCGACCGAGAUUGCAGAUGACUACGAUUCUCCAACGAGCACUCGACUUAGCACGGACGGAUUUUCAAGGCUCAGCACUUCACUUACUUCACCGACUCGUUCAUUAGCUUCAACUCAGCACGAGAAAUUGUCACAGGUGAAUGGGACUGUCAAGCGACCAGCCAAGCAGCACGCCCCUCUGUCGGAACAGGAGACUCGAGUGGCAGUUGAGCUCAUGUUCGCUGUCAUUAAUGAACUUUACACGCUCUCCUCGGCGUGGAAUAUUCGAAGGACUCUCCUGACGGCAGCGAAAACGUUCUUGCUCCGGCCUGGAAACCCUUCACUCGUAUCCAUCAAGUCACUUAUUCAAGAGUCAGUCCUCGAGACAAACACUUCGGACGAGGGAAUCGCGGCGCAUCUACGGAAGCUUCGGGAGAACUCGCUUCCUACCGAAGAAGAACGAAAGGCUUGGCCGGCAGAGCUGACGGUUGAAGAGAAGGAAGAACUGCGCGUGAAAGCGAGGAAGCUGUUCAUACAGAGUAGCGUCCCGGCGGCGCUGAUGGGAAUCAUGGGCCAGUCGGCCACUAGCGAGGCACUGGGCCGAGUGUUUGAUUGCCUACAGAUCGAAGAGGUUGCGAGAGGGCUCUUCUUUGGGAUCAUACUACAGGCGGUACGCGUGAUUACGCACUGA